AUGCCACUGAGCCCACUGCCCAAUGCCCCAUUAUGGAUGGAAGAUCAGCAUCAGCCGGGCUGCUUUUUCGGAAGGGAGAAGCUACUGACUGCUAUGAUGUCCUACAUGUUUCCAGUUCCCGAUGAGGUGGAGCAUACCGCGCAGUCCACCCGAAUCCUUGUCCUCAACGGCAUGGGCGGCGUGGGCAAGACAUGCGCUGCAUCCACCUUCGCCGCACAAUGUAAGGGGAGUUUCUCCGCUGUUGUGUGGGUGGAUGGGUCAAACGAGACGAAUACCCUAUUGUCUCUACGGAGCUUUGCUCAGCGCUACGUAAGCGCUGUCGUUGCAUCUGGCGAUUUAGAGGGAUACCAGGCGCUUACGACGCGACUUAGGAUCGGUGACUAUCUUUCAAGUGCGUACCAACUAUCUACCGACAGCAGAGUGUUGCCGAAGAUAGCCCAGGCAGUGCUGGAUUUCCUCUCGACAGACGAUGGGAACUUUACGUGGCUGUUGAUACUGGACAAUGUCGACGAUGCCCAGUAUCCAGCUAAGAGAUACAUGCCACAAAGCCCAGCAGGCCGUAUCAUUAUCACCAGCCGCCUCACCACGGCAGCUAAUCUCGGCUUCAGUAUACCAGUAGAUGUCAUUGACGAGAACGAGGCAGCCAAAAUCAUAGUGGAAAAUGCCCCUUAUCGAAGGAAGACUGACACAGAUACAAGGGACGCUAUGGCCAUAGCAAAAGAACUAGGGUACUUGCCUCUGGCUCUGGAGAACGCCGGCGCUUUCAUUAGCGAAACGCAGAUCGCACUGUCCGAGUACCUACCCAAAUUGAAAAGCCAUCCUCGCGACAUGUUAAGCUUUAGCAAGAGCUGGGGACCGAAGAUAUCUGUCUUCAGGACGUGGGAGAUCUCUUUUGAGCGCCUCGUACGAAAGAACCAAGCAGCUGCGGAGCUGCUCCAGGUCCUCGGCUUCUCCGACAGGCAGAUGAUUUGGGAGGCAAUGUUUCUGGCCAAGUCGACUGAGCAAAACAAGCCUUUUCUCCUUCCACAAGACCUCCAAUGGCUACAGGAGGCCCGUGAAAGACCUUUCCAACUGACAGAGGCGUUUCGAAACCUGUUCGUGUCCUCUUUAGCGAAGCGCAGCGCUGAUGGAUUCAUCAAUCUCCACCCGCUGGUGCAUGCUUGGGCACGACAGAGACUUGGUCCUGCGGAAUGUAUGAGGACCAACAUCCGUGCCAUGAUAAUUAUUGGGCAAAUCAUCGAAAGUCAGGCCGCAACCUUAUCCUCCUCGCUGUUCAAACUGCUCCCGCACGCGCAAACAUGCAUGGAUCUAAUUUGUGAGCAUCCAACGGGGCACGUUAUGCCAUCAAUCUUGGCAAACCCGAUCGCAAUCCGCUCUUUUUACCAGAUAGGCGUUUUGAUGAAAACGUCUGGAAGCAUUCGACAUGCGAAACUCAUAUUCGAAGCUCUAAGCUCGGUUCAAAGUGUGCCCUCAUCUUUACUCACACUGAACUCGAGCCGGUGGCUGGGCGAGCUCCUGAUACUCGAGUCUCGGUACGAAGAAGCGGAAGAGCUUCUAGAACAUGUCCAAUUGCUCUUAGCAAAGUCGUGUGGCGAGAGUCACCCAGACACACUCGCGGCCGAGGCUGCUCUGGGUAUGGUGUAUCGACGAUGUUACCGAUUUGAGAAAGCCGAGCCCCGUCUUCUUAGCGUUAUAGAGCAUGAUACUCAGCCGUGCGGCACACUCGGGAAGCACGGUAGGGAAGCAUCUUCCUCACUUGCGCUCUUGUAUCGUCAAAAAGGUCGUUUCCAAGAAGCAGUGGCUCUACUCGACAAGGCACUGGCAGAUGCCACUGGCGAAGAUGGUGACAUGGCCGACUUGUUGACCCUGAAACACCGCCGAGCUAUCAUUCUUCAUGAUAUGGGCAAGUGGACAGAUGCAACGACAGCUAUGCAGGAGGCAUACUCGGAGCGUAAGAGUAUCCUAGGGCGCAGUCAUCCUGAGACAUUACGCAGUGCCAACGCUUUGGGUCGCAUGUGUUGCUACCUCGGACGUUUGACCCAGGCGAGGAGCCUACUGGAGGAGGCAUGGCGAGGACAGGAAGCCUUGGGAUUUGCGCCGGACGAGACGUCACAGCUGCGAACCCUGCUGAAUAUUGGAGUCCUCAAUCGGGAAGAGGGCCGCUACGAUGAGGCCGCAGACUGCCUUGCGAGAGCCCUCGCUGCGGAACGCCGCCACCAUGGCCUAGAUGCCCCUUCGGUCCUUGAAUGUCAGCAGGAGAUAGGGAUCCUUCAGACAAAGUCUGGCAAAUUCGACGCUGCCGUUGAGACUUUGGGCGAUCUGUUAGCCUCUCAGUUAAAAACUUCGCCCAAGGCUUUCGUGAUGCACCUUUCCACACGCAUCGCACUGGCCGACGGUCAGAUCAGUGCUGGCUGGCUGCAUGAGGCAAAGAAGACCCUGGAAUCAGCGGCACAGUCUGCAGAUGUGGUAGCACAGGACAGCCCCAUUUCCUUGAUGCUGCAAGUCGCAUCUGCUCGCCUGGCCCUGGAGCAAGGCGAUCCCGAGGCAGCACAAUCGUUCUUGAAGAAACCUCUUGAUGAUCUGCCAGUGGUAUUGGGUGAAAAUCACCCCGAGACAGCCAAAGCUCGAGCCUUAUCUGAAGUUUCCUUAUCCCCUGACAGGGAUGAUCCUCCUUCAAAGACAUGA